GCCUCCACAUCAACCACCGCCAUAGACCCCCAACCGCAAAUAUGACCGACUCCGACUCCUCGCUGUCCUCGCCGCCGUCAACUGACGAUGAAAUGCUUGUCGAGGUCGCGCCCGCGAAACCUACGAAACCGUCUGCCCCGAAAAAGUCCAAAAAUAAGAAGAAUAGCACUAUCCUGACCUUCUUCAAACAUCGCUCGCCUUCGCCGCCUCCAAGGAAGCGUCCCGCAUCGCCACCCCAUGAAUUGGUUCCCGAGGAUAACCCAGACAUUGCUUUCCUUGUCAUGUUCCGGUCGCGAUUCAACGAAGCCUUCCCACAUGUCGCCCCGCAUGUUGGGCCUCAGGACAUUGAGUUAGGUGUCGCUGAGGACAUACCAUCCCCCGUUGUUGAAGGCCUGCUAUGCGCCUUGCUUGGACUGGUCCUCAAUCGCAAGAAGCCCGUCGAGAAAGGUCACUAUGGCCGCGCCCUUGAGGAAGCCAUCCAAACUCAGAAGUCGCAAUGGCCGCAGAAAUGGACUGCUAACCCCCUGAGUGGUGGUCGCAGCUUCAAAACUAUGACGGCGAUGGAGCGUAUCACCCUCCUGCAUACCCUUGCCCUUUGGAGUCUCAAUCAGAACGAGCAAAUCAAGGUUAUGAUCAACAACGGAUACAAAUCACGAACGACCAAGGACAGACUAGACACAAACAUCCCACUUUCCGUACAGCCAUGGGGUCGCGACGGUGACAAGCGCCGGUAUUGGCUCGUUGAAGGGCAGAAUGACACCUACUUCCGCAUCUAUCGCGAAAGUGAUCCGAAACUAGAAGACGUACAGUGGUUUAGCGUUGCUGGAUCUAUUGAUGAGCUGAGGGUGCUCGCGAAGAAGCUCGAGGAAGAAGAUGGUCAUAAAGAGGCCAAGGCACUCAGUGAGCGGAUGAUCAACGCUGUCCCACGUUUCGAAGCCUCGGAGGUUAAGCGAAAGCGCCGCGAGGCGAACCACCAUCGCAAGAAUACCUUCGCUCAAGAGCCUGUCUAUUCCCGCUACGAAGGUCGCACCCGGGGCAAGCGCAUGCGAUACAACUUCUCAGAUCAGGAAGAAAUCGACUCAGACAAUCUUCCCUCGCGUCGGUCCGGCCGGCAUUCAGGUAGGGAGACGCCUGCUGUACCCUCAGGCCCAACCGUCACUGCUAGCGGUCGACAAGUCAAGUCUCGUGCAACUGGUCUGUAUGGCGAAACCCUACAUAGUGGACAGGUUGACGACCGCGCUUCGCCUGCAACUGGAGAUUAUGCUCGAUCAGAUGUGUCAGAAGAGCCACAUGCUGCUCACGGCCGGUCGACUCGGGCAGCUAAAAGAGGUAACACAAACGGUGGCCUGAACCGCGCAUUGGACUCAGAGGGUGAUGACGAAGAAGAAGACGCAACCUCGUGGGAUGGCGGAGAUGAAGACGAGGACGCUGAUCAGAUGGAAAUCGACGAUGACGCAGACGAUGCGGGUGAAGACGAGUCUUCAGAAGACGGGGAGGAGCAGCCACAAACGCUUAUGGUCACUCUACGCUAUGGCAAAGUUGCCGUAGAACCUCCCAGCGCUCCUCCUCCGAACGUCUCUGUACAACAUGCGCCCAUAGCAAACGGCGUAGAGCAUCAACCUGCAUACCCAACGGGUGGGGCCCUGGCCGGCACCGGUGCAAUAAGACAGCCAGAGCUCGCACCCGCCCCAACAGCGCCAUUUCAAGCUCUACCAGCACCACCACAACCUGUCCUAGCCUAUGUUCCAAAUGGCCUCCCAGCCCUGUCUCAACAACCUUAUACUGCGCCAAUCAUUCCUGUCGCCCAGCAAUAUGCCCCUGUUAAUACUCUACCGAAGCUCGAUGGAGUCUUCUCUGGUCCCACCGCACCAUACAUUGCGCCUGAGGAAGUGCCAAAGCCCCAGCCCCAGCCCCAGCCCCAGCCCCAGCAGCAGGCCCAGCAGCAGGCCCAGCAGCAGCCAGCUCAGUUCCCCGCCAGUAACGCAGAGACCCGGCCUCAGCAGCAGCAGCCUCCUUUUCCAGGCAUACCGGCGCCCACCCCCGCUUCCAGCUGGCAGUAGACUUGCUUGACAACUUGACCUAGUUGACCAUUCUUGAAAAAGAACGAAAUACUCUUCCUCUUCUUCUCUUCCCUUAUUGCCCUCAGAUCAUGUCGGAUUCUCUCUCUCGCUCUCUCGGGUUAUUGUCACAUGGCAUGCACGCAUGCACGACUAUAGAAGAAGAAAAAAUUGGGAUACCCGUGGCGUUUUCUUUUUCUUGUUCGCUCCUUUCUACCGUGCCGUGCGCCAAUCCUUUGUUUGAUUGCUCUUGCUUAGCGAAAACCCUGUAUAAUAUGUACUAGACUACACGGUCUAACUUUUGAUUAGCGGGGAAGAGGGAAUAGGGUAGUGGUAAGGAGGGGUUUCAUGGUGGGAUUGCGUAUGACUGAUUAUGACUCUGACUGUGACGGAGUAAGUUCGAGGUAGGUUAUGGGCUUGUCAGUGUGGGGUUUUAGGUUGUCUUAGCUACCGAGUGCCAUCAAUCGAAGAAAUAUUGUAUGUGCU